GUAACUUUCCAGAGAACUGUGGGCUGCUCUCUCUGUCUCGGGACCUCUAGAUGCUGUAAGACUUGGGUGCGGUAACAAAAUGAUCUGUCUACAUCGAAUUCUGCUCUCCGCUGUGGUCAUCUUCGCCUUUGUUUCCAGUAAAGCACUCGCAUCGGUACUUGCGAUCGACUAUGGAACGGAAUGGAUUAAGGCCUCGCUAAUGAAGCCCGGCUUACCGUUUGAUGUCCUACUGAACAAGGACUCGAAGCGCAAGAUUCAGGCCUCCGUGGGGUGGAAAAGGGACGACCGGUUGUUUGGCUCUGACGCAUUCAACCUUGCGGCACGGUUCCCAUCCGACUCUUUCUCUUCCUUGAAAUAUCUUCAGGGCGUACCAUUCGACUCGAACUCUGUUGCCUACUACACGAGCAUAUCCACGGCAGACGUGGUCAAAACAACCAGAGGAACCGCUGGCGUCCGGCGGCCAGAUGGCACGGAAUGGAGCGCGGAAGAGCUGAUUGCGAUGCAAUUUGCCUACGUCAAGGAGCUCGCAGAGGCUGCUGCGGGAGAGAAAGUGCAGGACGUGGUCGUAACCGUCCCUCCCUUCUACACCCAGUUCGAGAAGGACGCCGUGGUGGACGCGAUUGAAAUUGCUGGGCUUCGGACUAUUGCUCUCAUCAACGAUGGCACGGCCACGGCUGUCAACUACGCGAUGACUCGUACGUUCCCCACACCGGAACACCACAUCAUAUAUGAUGCUGGCGCAUCCUCCAUCCGUGCUACUGUCGUCUCGUUUGGUACCGCAGCUAGUGAUUCAAAGUUGUCAACAACGAAAGACGCCACGCAGAUCACGGUGCUCGGUGUCGGCUACGACAGGUUGACUGGUGGAACUGAACUGGACCGCCGGUUACGGGACAUGAUGGUCGCUGACUUCCAGAGGAAGCACCAGAGAGACAUCACCGGGGAUAAGCGGGGCAUGGCUAAGCUAUGGAAAGAGGCUCAGCGCGUCAAGACCGUCCUGAGCGCGAAUGCGGAAGCGAUGGCGACGAUCGAAAGUGUCGCGUUUGAUAUUGACUACCGCUCGAAGUUCACGAGAGCUGCCUUCGAGGAAGCCUGCUCGGACCUUUUCAGUCACUUUGCGGCGCCUAUUUUCGAGGCAUUGCAGCGUAGUGGGCUAGAUUUGAGUAAUAUCACGUCCAUCAUCAUGACCGGUGGAAGCUCAAGAGUACCCAUGUUACAGAACGCUGUGAAGGCGGCUGUAGGCGAGAGUAUGCUGGCAUGGAACGUCAAUGCGGACGAGGCGACGGUCCUUGGUGCUGCUCUUCAUGGAGCAAGUCUGAGCAGACAAUUCAAGACCAAGGACAUCAGGGUCUCGGAUAUCAGUCCUUAUGACGUUCAAAUUUCGUACACGGCGGAAGCCAAGUCUGCCAUCGCAAAGCCCCGCACUAUCCACACCUUGGUCUUCCCGGGCGGCUCGAAACUCGGCACCAGGAAGACGCUUACUUUCAAGCGAAAGGAGGACCUCACGUUGAGGCUGGAGUAUAAACGGGUUCCCGCUACUGGUUUCCCGACGGAGCUGCUCGAUGUGGAUAUUACCGGCAUCUCAGAGGCCAUUCACAACUUGACUGAGAUGGGCGCGAUAGACCCUGUUGUGAAAGUAACUGCUGCCCUGUCGGAGUCGGGUUUCGUGUCUAUCCCGGAGGCGGUCGCGUACGGAGAGGUCAAGGAUGAUUCGAUCACUGGCAAAUUGAAAGGGUUGUUUGGUGGUGGGGCCUCAUCCGAGCAAGUACCUCUGAACGCCGAUGGGACAGCGAGCACUGGUGAUGCAGAGCCAGCAGGGACUUCGUCCGAGUCGUCUGAGCCUGCCUCUCAGUCAGAGAAGCCUAAACGGACAGGACCACAGACAAUAGAGUUAAAGGUCAAGCCGAGGUUCCCGUCCCUUGCGCCGAUGUCUGCUGCCGAGAAGCGGAAGGCUCGUGAUAGGCUGGCGGAAGUAGAUUACGACGAAAAGGCGAAGCAGCGCAAGGAGGAAGCUCGCAACAUGCUCGAGAGUUACUUGUACCGCCUCCGCGACCUCCUUGAAGACAGGGACAACGAGAACUCGCCGUUCGUCAAGUGCUCGCAGGAGUCGGAAAGGAGGGCGUUGGAGCAGAAGCUCCGGGAUGCGUUCGCAUGGUUGCAGGAAAAGGCUGAUGAGGCUGAGACAAGUCAACUCAUUGGCAAGCGGAACGAAUUAGAGGCCCUGGAACGGCCUAUAGUGCACCGUUAUAAGGAGAUCGAAGAGUUCCCCCGCGCGCUCAAUAACAGCCAAAUGUGGAACUGGAGCACACGGCUCUUCCUCACCGACGCGAAGCAGAACCUGACUGCAGAAGAGAAGGGCGGUCCCCCAUCAAAGUACACCAGGGAAGAGCUCGAGGAGCUCGAGAACGCGCUGAAGGAACACGAGAAGUGGCUGAACGAGAAGGUGGAGAAGCAGAAGACGGUGAAGAUGAACGAGGACCCGGCGGUGGAGUCGUCUGAGUUGAGAGCAAGGGCGAAGAAGCUGGAAGACCAUCUGCAGAGGCUUGUGAGGAGGAAGGUUCCGCUGAAGAAGAAGACGACGAGUUCGAGCUCGGCUUCAGGUACAGAGGGGACCACUUCGGCUUCGACUGCGUCCAGCGCGUCCGAGACGCCUCCACGCCCUUCGGAUUCUGGACAUGAUGAACUAUAGACAUACAAUGUAUAAUGGCAUAAUAUAUUGCUUGCUGCUCUCGUGCUGGUUCGGAAAGGGGAAUGGCGUGCGCUGAACGACUUCACUCGUCAAAGGGCGCG